AUGUCCUCUGGAGCCCGCUCGAGGAAGGCCGUGGCCACCCCAGAGCUCCAGGCAUCGGCACUCAACAACGUCGAACGCCUCAUCUUCGCCCAAGCAGUCCACGAGUUUGGUGCAAACGCGUGGCAAGAAGUCUCGAAGCUGCUGUCCCAGCAUCCUCUUGUGUCUCAACCGAAAGGGACAUUUACGCCACAAUCAUGCUCAGUGCUUCACCAUAAUCUAAUGGACGAAGCUGGACUCGAAUGGUCUGAAGAGGAUGUCGCCCCGAAGUCUCAACGGCACCUGCGAUUGGCGCAGCGCUUCUAUGUCGCCCGUGUCACGGAAUUACGCUCUCUGAUUGCUGACGAGGAGGCCGAGUUCAAGAAGAUAGCCUCUGAAAUAGACGAAAUCCGUAGCGGGGCAUGGGAUAGAAAGAUCCUUGCGUCUAUGGGCGUCGUCAAAGAAUCUGUAUCUGGAGAUGCCCUUGUUCAAGACGCAACGGCCGCUGCUGUCGUAGAGCCGGACAGCGAGCCACCCAGUCAGGCAGUUGAUGAUGCAGGGAAGAGUAUCGAGGAGGAGGCCGAAGAAGUAGAAAGGGGACAAGAUUCUUUGAACAGCGAGGAAGGAAACGCCAUCGAGCAACUAGAUGCGGACCAGAGUGCGAUUGCGCCCGUCGUGCUGACAAAAGAACCCGAAGCUCUUAUAGUCACUGAACAUGAGGAGAAAGAGGAACGCUCCGACAACGAUGCCGUCAACGAACUCAUCGACGACUUCGGGUCCGACCGCCCCCCGGAAGCACUGGAGCGCGAAGAAACCACCCCGACACCCAAAGCGACAUCUCCAGCGCCCGCCGCCGAUGACAUGCAAGUCGACGACGAGACGAUCAAAGGCGAGGGUGACGACGAUGACAUGCGACCCGAACCCUUGCCUGCGGCCUCUCCUCAGGCCGACGCAGUCUCACCAGAGGAAUCACCACACACCCCAGACGAGGUCGACGAAGACUCUGAAGGCCGUCAAGGUCGCGCAGAAGGCAAGCGGAAAGCUUUGGACGAAGAUACCACUAUGCUUGACGCACGGGAUAAGAAGCGGCUGCGCGAAGAAUCGAAGUCUGCCGACGACGAGUCCAUCGACGGGGACGAAGAGUUCCAGCGCGACAUCUUCCUCAUGUUUGCAAACGCGAUGAUGUACAACAGACCAGGUUCCGAGAUAUACAACAUGGCGGAAGAGAUGAUGGUCUCCAGUGAGAGGGAUAUCAACGCGUUCCGACAGACGGAAGGCUUCCACCGUAUGUAA